CUAUUUUCUUCACUUCACAUAACUUACACUAAACCAGAUCCAGCCUGUCUUAGGGGAUAAUGCAGAACUAGAAGAUAACGGACAAGAAAAUGAAUGUAUAAUCGAUCCUUCGUAAACUACAUAUGAACCGCUUCAUGGCGCGUAUCAGUCAUACGCAGUGCUUCAAGCCCGCAUCCACGUCGUGUCUGUGACAUGUCCUAACCAUGCCUCAGAAACUGCUGAAGAAUGCGCAGUACAUGGAGCUGGGGGGCUACCAGUACUGGCCUGUCCUGGUACCCAGGGGCAUCCGGCUGUACACCUACGAGCAGAUCCCCGGCUUCCUGCGGGAGAACCCCUACAUCACAGACGGCUACCGCGCCUACCUGACCUCCAGGCUUUGCAUCAAAAGCCUGUUCAUAGUCUCCAAUGAGUCGGUGAACAUCUGGAGUCACCUGCUGGGCUUUGUGCUCUUCCUGGUGCUGGCGCUGCAUGACAUGACCACGCUGCUGCCCGCCGCCAACGCCUCCCGCGAGGACUACGUCAUACACACCAUCAGCCUCUUCUGCUUCCAGGUGUGCAUGCUGUGCUCGGUGGGCUUCCACCUGUUCUGUUGCCACCGCUCGGAGAAAACCAGUCGCCGCUGGAUGGCGCUGGACUACGCUGGUAUCUCCAUUGGCAUCCUGGGAUGCUACGUGCCCGGGGUCUUCUACGCCUUCUACUGCAACAAUUAUUGGCGACAGGUGUACCUGGUGGCGGUGUUGGCCAUGACCCUGGCUGUGUUCCUGGCCCAGAUCCACCCUCUCUACCUGAGCAAGCAGUGGCAGAGGAUCCGCUCCGCCAUCUUCUUCUCAGUCGCCGGCUACGGACUAGUACCCACAAUGCACUGGGUGUGGGUCAGCGGGGGCAUCAACUCCGAUGUUGUACAGGCGUUUGUUCCGCGUGUGCUGGUCAUGUACGUGAUCGCGGCAGCAGCUUUCCUCUUCUACGUCUCCAAAGUUCCGGAACGCUACUUCCCAGGCCAGCUGAACUACGUGGGUGCCAGUCACCAGCUGUGGCAUCUGCUGGUCGUGCUGAUGUUCUACUGGUGGCACCAGUCCGUGCUCUUCAUCACAGACUACAGGCACAGCCACCCCUGUGUCGACCGCCCACAACACUCCUAGGGACAGCCAAGCCACUGUCCUCUUCUGAUCAAGCACCACACCUCAAAGGAAAGGAUAAGCUGACAAGACGGAUGCUCUCAGAAGCCCUACUGCAGUAGCAAUGAACCCGCUCAUCUAAUGUGUUAAGACUGUUGUUUUGGCCAGAGCAUUCGUGAUGACUAGGAUGUACUGUACUUUACAACAACCAUACUGCAUUGUAAAUAGAAGUGCCUACUAUCCCUAUAGUAAUUGACUACCAGACAAGGUUCAGAGAUUGGCUCAGAUUGACUUGCAAGGUGAUGUUUUAUAGUGAUGUUUUCACAUCCGGCCAACUUGAUAUGAAAUAGGCUGUAUGUGACCCCUGAACUGAAAUGAGUUUGACACCCCUGGAUUAGACUGUUUAAGCUAUUGCUGUCUUGCACUUACUACUCCCCUCUGUAGAGAUCCAUGUGGACCAGUUGGGAGAUGUUUUGGGAGUUAGUUGUUACUAUUCUAGUGUAUUCUUUUCUUAUGUUUGGGUCCUACUGUUGUCAAGCACAAUACCGUACAUGUACAUACCAUGCUUCUCACAUGGUAAUAUCUACCCACCCAGUUGUGUUACACAAAAUCUGUGGCUUUUUCCUAACAAUUCCUGUACACUCCCAGAAUCUAGUUUGCUCUUGCUCUAGUUUGAUCUGAAAGUCUCGCUAUGCUGCCAUUUCUUACACGUAGAGGCUUGCAAGCGUGUUGCUGGCUAACACCAAGGAAUAUCUUCAAACUGUGGUCAUGCUCCUUGCCUGACACAGCAGUCAGUGUUGAGCAUUUAAUAUAUGUUAACCUGGCAAUCAUGGUGGAAGAACCAAAGACUGCAGGCCACUGCUGAUAACUGCUACAAGUCACAGUCAAACCCCAAAAUGACACAAGGACAUAAGAGGACUGAAAAACUGUUUAGGUGUUUUUUUUUUGCUAUACUUUCUUUUUGGUCAAGGCACAAAUAUAGAAUUUUACAUUUCAAUGUUUGGAUUAUCCCACUGUUGAGGUUAGUUAUUUUGUUGUAUUAAGAGGUUCUGAAACCGAUUUUUAAGUUUCUCUGAUAUAAAGAAUGUAAUGCG